UUAUUAUUAUAAUUAUAAAUGUAAUAAUAAUAUAAGAUGUUAGCAUAUUCUUAUUUAACUUUCUCACUCAAACCCUUCUUCAUUAUCUCUACUUUUUAUCUCUCUAUAAUUUUCUCUUCUCUUGCAUCUCUACCUUGCUCUCACCACAAGGUAAAGAGAGAUGGCAGAGUGUAAUAGAGAAGACUAUUUCGUUGCCAAUGACGUUGAGUCAUCAUCAUCUGCGGGCAAGAAGUAUGGUGGGCUUGUCCCAAAGAAAAAGCCUUUGAUAUCCAAAGAUAACGAAAGGGCAUUUUUUGAUUCAGCAGACUGGGCAUUAUGCAAGCAAGGUGCUGGAGUGAAUCAACAAUCUACAGCAGCAGUAGAGACCCUGCGACCAAAACUACAGAAAACUCCACAUCAACAGCUUCCCCCAAGAAGACCUGCAUGCACAUCUGGUUGAGAUAAAUUGGGAGACUUAGAUUGAAUAAUUGGCAGAAGGAUUUGAUCAUGAUGAAUUAAUUUUAUAAAUGUCAUGAUGUUUUAGCUGGUUUGAUUAUGAUGUAUAUUACCAUUAAUUCAUUUCAUGCUUUCGAUUAUUGGCACUUAGAUAAAACUUCAUUUCACUUC